UCUAAAAAUAUUUUGAAAUUAUUUUUGGUUAAUAUAUUAUAGCUAGAAAUCACAACAAUACUUCUGGGCAGAUUUACCCAGCAGAAGCACUCGUCCCAAAAGUUACAAAACAAUUGGACGGUUAGUUGUUUAAUGACCCUUCUAUUUAAUUACCUCUAAAUUAUCUCGAUUACGUUCCCUCCUUUAGACCCACACCAAUCAUCUCAACCACAAUUUGUUGCCAAUAAUGGACCUUUAAUUAGAAUGCCAGAUGGACAAUUUGUUUUGGCAACGUCAGUAUCAGAACAACAAAAUCGUCAAUUACCACAGCCAAUACAAACUAACCAACAACAAUCUCAUAUUACCCAAUCAGAAAGUAAAGGUGUUGAACAUGGUGGGAAAAUAUAAAUAUUACCUGUACUCUGGUAGUGAAUCUUCUCCCUCCUCCUCCUCUCCAUCUAUUCCCGAAGGAGCACAAUCAUCAUUAACAAUAACUUCAACAAUACCAGAACAAUUAACAACAACAUUACCAACAGAAACAACAGAAAAUGAAUUACUCCAAACAUCUUCUUCCCCAUUUUCUUCCUCAACAACAUCUUCUCCUUCCUCUACUAAUUCACCAACACAUAUACCUUCGGUUGAUAAAAGUGUUGAUUUGGAUGGAGAUGGGGCUCUUUCUUUAAAUGAAGUUCAAUAUGCUGCUUUUGUCCAUCACGGAUUAAGUUCUUCUGUAGUUGAAAACCUUUUCAAUGAUGUUGAUUUUAAUAAAGAUGGGUUUCUUUCUUCUAUUGAAUUUAAUGAAAUUCGUCCUUUGGUAUUGGCUAAGGCGGAAAAUGCUGCAUUGCGUUAUUUACAAGUAAUCUUUGGGUAA